CUCCAUCCACUGUCCCCCUCUUUUCUCCUCCUCCUCCUCCUGGUGGCCGGGGCAGUGGAGGUGUGCGUUGCCCUAACAACCACACUUCACAGUUUCCGAGGCUGCGCCGUGCGAGAGUUCUCCUUUGUGGCCCAGAAGCCGGGCUGCAAGGGACUGCGCAUCAGCACAGAGGCCUGCUGGGGGCGUUGUCACACCUGGGAGAAACCUGUUCCGGACCCCCCCUACAUCCACCGACACCACCGUGUGUGUACGUACAGUCAUAUCCGCCACAUGACCGCCCGCCUGCCGGGCUGCCAUCCCAACAUCUCCUCUCUCUACCACUAUCCCAUGGCUCUGCACUGCCAUUGUGCCGCCUGCUCCACACAGGACACCGAGUGUGAGACCUUCUGA